UGCACGGUGGCGGCGGCGGCGGUGGUGCGGCUCGCUGGCGCCGCGCAGUCCUGCUCCGCCGGGCGCACGGACGCACCGGUCAGCCAACGCUGCAGGCAGGGGACGCGGGCGUUGGGCCGCCGGGCCACGAGCGGAGCAAAAGCCACACGCGGCGAGUGGGCGCUAGCGGCCGCCAGUCUCCCGAGGGGCGCCCUCCUCCCGCCGAUUCCCGAGCGGGGCCAUGGGGGGCAGUACGCCCGCGCGCGCCGCCUGAGGACGUCGUCGCCCUCGCCCCCACUAUGGGCGCCCCGGCUCGCGCCCUCGCGAUCUGCGUGGUGCUGGCGGUCAUGACCGGCGCCGCCUCUAUGCCCCCGGGCAUGGAGCCGCGCGUCUUGCGGAGAGCGGCAGAGGCCCCAGGGCCUGAGCCCGGCCAGCAGGAACAGCUGGUCUUUGGCAGCGGGGACACCGUGGAGCUGAGCUGUCAUGCGCCUGCUGGUGGUCCCACAGGACCCAGCGUCUGGGUCAAGGACGGCGUGGGCCUGGUACCUUCAGACCGCGUCCUGCUGGGGCCUCAGUGGCUGCAGGUGCUCAACGCGUCCCACGAGGACUCAGGGGCCUACAGCUGCCGGCAGCGGCUCACGCACCGUGUGCUUUCCCACUUCAGUGUGCGAGUGACGGAUGCUCCGUCCUCUGGAGAUGAUGAAGAUGGGGAGGACGAGGCUGAGGAUACAGCAGGGGCUCCUUAUUGGACGCGGCCCGAGCGGAUGGACAAGAAGCUGCUAGCGGUGCCAGCCGCCAAUACUGUGCGCUUCCGCUGCCCGGCCGCCGGCAACCCCACGCCAUCCAUCUCCUGGCUGAAGAACGGCAAGGAGUUCCGAGGCGAGCACCGCAUCGGGGGCAUCAAGCUACGACACCAGCAGUGGAGCCUGGUCAUGGAGAGCGUGGUGCCCUCGGACCGCGGGAACUAUACGUGUGUUGUGCAGAACAAGUUCGGCAGCAUCCAGCAGACCUACACCCUGGACGUGCUGGAGCGCUCGCCGCACCGGCCCAUCCUGCAGGCCGGGCUGCCUGCCAACCAGACGGCUGUGCUGGGCAGCGACGUGGAGUUCCACUGCAAGGUGUACAGUGACGCGCAGCCCCACAUCCAGUGGCUCAAGCACGUGGAGGUGAACGGCAGCAAAGUUGGGCCCGACGGCACCCCGUAUGUCACCGUGCUCAAGUCCUGGAUCAGUGAGAGUGUGGAGGCCGACGCACGCCUCCGCCUGGCCAAUGUGUCCGAGCGUGAUGGGGGCGAGUACCUCUGUCGAGCCUCCAAUUUCAUAGGCGUGGCUGAGAAGGCCUUUUGGCUGCGUGUUCACGGGCCCCAAGCAGCUGAGGAGGAGCUGGUGGAGGCUGGUGAGGCUGGCAGCGUGUAUGCGGGCAUCCUCAGCUACGGGGUGGGCUUCCUCCUCUUCAUCCUGGUGGUGGCGGCCGUCACUCUCUGCCGCCUGCGCGCGCCCCCGAAGAAGGGCCUGGGCUCGCCCGCCGUGCACAAGGUCUCCCGCUUCCCACUCAAGCGACAGGUAACAGUGUCCUUGGAGUCCAACUCGUCCAUGAACUCCAACACACCCCUGGUACGCAUCGCCAGGCUGUCCUCAGGGGAAGGCCCCGCGCUGGCCAAUGUCUCCGAGCUGGAGUUGCCUGCUGACCCCAAGUGGGAGCUGUCCAGGGCCCGGCUGACCCUAGGCAAGCCACUUGGGGAGGGAUGCUUCGGCCAGGUGGUCAUGGCGGAGGCCAUUGGCAUCGACAAGGACAGGGCUGCCCGGCCCGUCACUGUGGCAGUGAAGAUGCUCAAAGAUGAUGCCACGGAUAAGGACCUAUCGGAUCUGGUGUCUGAGAUGGAGAUGAUGAAGAUGAUCGGCCGCCACAAGAACAUCAUCAACCUGCUGGGGGCCUGCACCCAGGGUGGACCCCUGUACGUGCUAGUGGAGUACGCGGCCAAGGGUAACCUGCGAGAGUACCUGCGGGCACGGCGGCCCCCGGGCCUGGACUACUCCUUUGACACCUGCGGGCCGCCCGGGGAGCAGCUCACCUGCAAGGACCUGGUGUCCUGCGCCUACCAGGUGGCCCGGGGCAUGGAGUACCUGGCCUCCCAGAAGUGCAUCCACAGGGACCUGGCCGCCCGCAAUGUGCUGGUGACCGAGGACAAUGUAAUGAAGAUAGCGGACUUCGGCCUGGCCCGUGAUGUGCACAACCUGGACUACUACAAGAAGACCACCAACGGCCGGCUGCCUGUGAAGUGGAUGGCACCUGAGGCCUUGUUUGACCGGGUCUACACCCACCAGAGUGACGUCUGGUCCUUUGGUGUCCUUCUCUGGGAGAUCUUCACCCUGGGGGGCUCACCAUACCCCGGCAUCCCCGUGGAGGAACUCUUCAAGCUGUUGAAGGAGGGUCACCGCAUGGACAAGCCGGCCAACUGCACACAUGACCUGUACAUGAUUAUGCGGGAAUGCUGGCAUGCUGUGCCCUCCCAGAGGCCCACCUUCAAGCAGUUGGUGGAGGACCUGGACCGUAUCCUUACUGUGACGUCCACAGAUGAGUACUUGGACCUGUCUGUGCCUUUUGAGCAGUACUCGCCAGGCGGCCAGGACACCCCGAGCUCCAGCUCCUCGGGGGACGACUCUGUGUUUGCCCACGACCUGCUGCCUCCGGCCCCUACCAGCAGCGGGGGCCUGCGGACGUGAAGGGCCAGCGGCCUGCAGGCCGAGCCCCCACCACUGUUGAGAGUGGACACCAGCUCCCCCCCCAUCCCGUGCUGCUGGUGGCAUGCUGUCGACCACUGGGGCCCCUUUGCCUGGGCCCGAGCCUGGGACAGACAGACAAUGGACAGACACUUGUGUGUGUGUGUGUGUGUGUGUGUGUGUGUG